CAAGAAAACAGGAGGAGGAACGGAAGCAGAGAGAAAGGAGGGGACAAGAAAGGAGAUGGGAUCUCGGAGGAGCUAAACCAGGGCAAACACAUACACGCUGAGAUCAGACCUCACUGCAGGCUCGCUGGUGUCAGAGCUCCAACUGCUGGGAGGAACAGGAGGAGGAAGAGGAAGAGGAGAAGAAGGAGGAAACGGAGGAGGAGAGUAACUGUGCUGGGAUUUAAGGGAAAAGACAGGUGACCACAGGCGAGCAUCCCAGACCAUGAAGGCGUUCUCCUGCUGCCUCCUGCCCCUCCUCCUCGUGCUGGUCUCCGAGGUCAGCGCCCAACGCUUCAAGAAGCCCAAGAAGCCCCGGCCCACGCCGCAGCCCGGUCCCCGGCCCCGGCCGACCCCCCGUUUCGUGGAGCCCGCCGAACCCACGGAGCUGCCCCCACCGCUCCCGCCGGGUCCCCCCUCCGUCUUCGCGGACUGCCCCCGCGAGUGCCACUGCCCGCCAGAUUUCCCGUCCACCCUGUACUGCGACAAUCGCAACCUGAGGAAGGUGCCCAUCAUCCCAGCCCGCACCCACUAUCUCUAUCUGCAGAACAACUUCAUCGACGAGCUCCCGUUUGAGUCCUUCAAGAACGCCACCGAGCUGCGCUGGGUCAACCUGGACAACAACCGCAUCCGCCAGGUGGACCGGAGGGUGCUGGACAGGCUGGGCCACCUGGUCUUCCUGUACAUGGAGAAGAACAGGCUCCAGGAGGUCCCAGCGGCCCUGCCUCCCAAUCUGGAGCAGCUGAGGCUGAGCCAGAACCAGAUCUCCAGGAUCCCCAGCGGGGCCUUCAGCAAGCUCAAGAACCUCCUGCUCCUGGACCUGAACAAGAACAAGCUGAGCGAUGGGGUCUUCACCAAGACCACCUUCCAGGGCCUCAAGAACCUUAUGCAGCUGAACCUGGCCAACAACAUCCUGAGGAAAAUGCCCCCCGGCGUGCCCCCGGCCAUCCAUCAGCUCUUCCUGGACCGGAACAACAUCCAGAACAUCCCCGCCAACUACUUUCAGGGUUUCCCCAACCUCGCCUUCAUCCGGCUCAACUACAACCAGCUGUCCGACGAGGGGCUCCCCCAGAACUCCUUCAACAUCUCCAACCUGCUGGUCCUCCACCUGUCCCACAACAAGCUGAGCAAAAUGCCCGCUAUCAAUAACAAGCUGGAGCACCUGUACCUCAACGGCAAUGAGAUCAACAAAAUCAACGGGACCCAGGUCUGCCCCAACAACCUCGUCAGCUUCCACGACUUCUCCUCUGACCUGGAGAACGUUCCCCACCUUCGCUACCUGCGCCUGGACGGCAACCUGCUCAAGCCCCCCAUCCCCAUUGACUUGAUGCUGUGUUUCCGGCUCCUGCAGUCCGUCGUCAUCUAGGGCCCCGCCUCCCCUGGCCCUCCCCUGCACAGUCGAGCACCCUGGCCGAUGACCUUGGAUCGCCCUCCCGCCUUCUGAGCCCGAGUCUUUGUUCCUGCCCUUCAUCUCCCGUCACUCAGCUCCCCUUCCCGUUUUCCCCAGGCCUUGCCAGUCACCCCUUGGGUACAGUUCCUCAAGGCACUGGGCGGGGUGCAGGACCCCAUCUGCACCCUGCUCCCUGAUUCCCUCUCCUUGGAAGGCCCACAGGGCCCAGGAUGAGUGAAUUCCGAGGACUGUCCCUUCCUUCAAGUUUCAGAGACCCCUCACCCCCCACCUUCGGCCAAGAGGGGCUCCCUGCCUUCUAGAAGCUCUGCCCCAGCCAGCCCUCUGAUGCAUUCAGAAAGGUCUUGGCUGAUCCCAUCUUUCCCUCCUGGCACCCACCCUGCUGCUGGUCUGGUCCAGGAAAUGUCACCCAGCUUCUUGGCACUUCCAAGGACAUCAGGGUGAUGGGCAGUGCAGGAAGGGCACUAAAGAGGGGAAGCCAUAACAAGCUGGUAGAGAAAGCUGUUUCCAUGGUCGCUUCCUCGGGGCCCGUUCAACCUCCCAAAGCAGAUGAAACCCACACUUGGGGCCAGCUCAGAAGAAACAGAAUCUUGAGUCCUAGGAGCUGAGGGAGAUCCCGAGAGGUGAAAAGGUCCAUCCUCCUGCAUCCAAGUCGUGAAUCCUUAGCCUCCUAGGCCAAAGUGUCCUCUCUAAACAUGGGCCUCUCCCACAGGGGCCUCAUCCAUCCCAUUUGGUCCCUUCCUUAGGUCUCCUGGGCCAGAGUCAGGGGACCAGCUCCACAGGGGAAGAACCCUCUGCCCUCAGCCUCUGGCGGCAUGCCACGCUCUGGCCAGAGAGAGAUGGACUGACCCCGGGGAGUCCUCGGAGCUGAACUGAUUUUCUAGGAAAGGAUCUGGCCAGCGCAUGUGUUCUUGGGGAAGCCCAGAGACAGGGUCAGGAUGUGGGUGAACAAUUUUGUUUUCUGAGAGUUGAGGCCUGUGGGCCUUUUUGUCCAUGCACUCCACCCCUCCAAUGGACCCUCUUGUGCCUUCCGACUCCCCAGGCCGAGGUUGUUCCUUCCCUCAUAAAUGUAAGAAGCAAGAGCGGAUCCUCCAAGGAACAGAAGAGCAGAAGGAGGAGGGAAGACCAUCCAGGAGAGUUGGGAAGCAGCUUGGACCAAGGACGGAGAACGUGAAAAGUUGUUGGGUGGGACACGGGGCGGUCAAGAGUGGACGCUGGAAGUCCUCUGGGAAAUGGAGUGGGGGAGGAAGGGAAAGAACGAGACAGAGACAGACCCUUGGGGAAGAGCUGGAGAAUCUGGAGAGGAAGCGUUCAGGAAGGUCUUUAGGGGAAGGGAUGGAAAUGGUUUGAGUUGCCCUGCUAGCCUCUCUCUAACAUCCCCCACCCCUUUCCCUAAGGUCAAAUGCAGAGAUGCCAGGGAAAGUCUGGGGGAUGAGGCAACCAUUUCAUGCCAUUUUUCAAACUUGGCAUCCUGCUCUGCCUGAUUAGAGGGCACCAAGGGAUGGAAUGGGAAUGGAGGCCAUCUUUGUGGGACUGAUUUCUUUCUGCCCUGGCGGGCUGGAUUGGGUUUGAGUAGAUGGGCAUAGAAUUUAAUUAAAGUCAGCAGCCUGUUGGGAAAGGGCUGGAAAACUGCUGGCCACUCUCCCUUCAGUCAAGCUGGCACCUUCCUCUUUCCCACCCAGCCCAUCCAGGGAAAUAACUUGGGGCUUGGGACCCCAGUUCCUGGUCUCCCACUGGCCUGAUGCUGGGGCCGGACCAGCCUCCGUCACGGCUACCACAUGCCUUCUGCUGGAGUCUCCGUGGACGGAGGGGGGGAGGAGAAGUGGGAGGAAUUGGAGCAUUUCCCAGCAGCCGCUCCCAAAAUUUGGAAAAGCAAAUGCGGGGGAAGAGACACCACAGCGACCCCUGGUGGGUGGUAGCGGUCACUGAGGCUGGUUGGACUCCUGGGGUGAGCGAAGAUUGUCCCCUGGACGGGUUUACAAACCGAGUCCAAAUCAUCAGUCGUAUUUAUUGAGCGCUUACUGUGUGCAGAGCACUGUACUAAGCGCUUGGGAAGUACAAGUUG